AUAUUAGGCACUUUGCACUGCUCCUGACCCCUGCUCUUCUUUCCUGCACUCCUAAMAUCUCUGAUUUGUGCCCUCUGCUUUCCUGUUGCCAUGGAGAAGGUCCAACACAUCACCCGCUCUGCUCUGAGGAGAGCCUCAACUAUUGAGGUCAACCCACAAGCACGCCAAAGGCUCCAAGAGCUCUUUGUGAAUUUCUGCCUGAUUUUAAUCUGCCUCUUGCUGAUCUGUAUCAUUGUGAUGCUUCUCUGA